CAUUUAAAAUGACCCGAUUCUCCGUUUCUUUCUCGUUUGAUGAUCAGGAAAAGCAAGUGUCGUAAGACCUCCUGUCCACGCGAUUGAUAUGCGAUCUUUGGUCGAUGUGAACCAUCCGUGUGUGCUGUGCGUGGAGAAGCGGAGAAACUCGGCUUGAAGAAUGGGGAAGAAACAGAAGAAAUCCGGGGAGGACAGUGCCAAAGAUGACGACAUCGAUGCUCUGGCGGCAGAGAUCGAAGGAGCUGGUUCUUCAAAGGAGACCAAAGGAAAGAAAAAGAAAAAGGGAGCCAAGAAAGACGACUACGAUGAGGAUGACAUCUUAAAGGAGCUGGAGGAAUUAUCCUUGGAGGCACAUGGUGGACAGGGGAAGAAAGACGUCGUCGCCGCGGAAAAUGAUGCGGAUCCUCCGAAAGCAGAGAAGAAGAAAACCAGGAAGGGGAAAGUGCAGGAUGCCAGCCCCGAAGAAGUGGAAGGCAAUCAUCUAGAAGGUGCAAAUGAUGAGCUGAGGAACGGACAGCAGAAGAAGGUGGCGCCGUCCGAGUCUGAUGAGGAGAGCGGCUCGCGUUCUCGUCUGAAGACCAAAGGAGGUAAGAAAGGCGCCAAGAGGCCUUCUGGUUCCGACGAAGAUGACGACGACGGCGACGACGAAGGCGCCGCCAGAAACGCAAAAGAGGCCGAAUCCGAGGGAGAUGAGGAAUCCGGCUCUCGGAGGGACAAAAAAAACAAAAGCAAAGGGAAAGUCGCAAAAAGCGAGGACGAGGACGAACGGGAGGACGGCGGCUUCAAGAUGAAGACCGCCGCGCAGAAGAAGGCGGAGAAAAAGGAGCGGGACAAGAAGAAGAAAGAGGAGGAGAGGCUCAAGCAAAAGAAGCUGAAGGAGAAGGAGAUCGGCGCCGAUGUCAAAAAAGAACCGGAAAAGACCCCCGCGGAGGCCCCGCCCCCGCCGGGGGUCCCCGUGGCGGACGCGGAUGCGGACGAGCAGGAAGGAGCCGAGGCGGCCGGUGAGGAUGACGGCGACAAGAAGAAGAAGGACAAGAAAAAGAAGAAAGGGGAGAAGGAGGAGAAAGAGAAGGAGAAGAAAAAGGGGCCGAGCAAGGCCACCGUCAAGGCCAUGCAGGAAGCUCUGGCCAAGAUGAAGGAGGAGGAGGAGCGCGCCAGGAAGGAGGAGGAGGAGCGAAUCCGAAAGCUGGAAGAGCUGGAGAAACAACGGUUGGAGCAGGAGCGUCUGGAGCAGGAGCGCAAGGAGAAAAGGAAGCAGAAGGAGAAGGAAAGGAAGGAGCGUCUGAAGAAGGAAGGGAAAUUAAUGACCAAAUCCCAGAAGGAGGCUCGGGCUCGGGCUGAAGCCACGCUGAAACUGCUGCAGGCUCAAGGAGUGGUGGUGCCAUCUAAGGACACCGUGUCAAAGAAGAAACCGGUUUAUAUGGACAAGAGGAAGAAGAAGCAGCCCAUCGCUCAAACUCCUGAAGCAGAAACGUCGGCGGUGACCUCACCAACAUCAGAGACGGCAGAGCCCAUUGCCCCCGAGCCGGAGGCGCAGACGCCGCUAAUAGAGCCAGAGGUGAAGGCAGAUUUCGCCGUGGACGACUGGGAGGCGAUCGCCAGUGAUGAAGAGAAAGAGUUAAAGAAAGUCCACAUCGAGGUGAAAGAGGAGCCCGCCGGCCCGCCUCGGCCCACCGGCAGCGAGGAGGAGGAGGAAGAGGACGAGGAGGAUGACGAGGACGACGACGAGGACGACGAGGAGGAGGAAAGCGAGGAAGCGCCUGAAGAGGAGGAGAUGACGGCGAAGGGCGUGACGACGGCAGCUCGGGGGAAGAAGCAGCCGGCGAAGGAGAGCGACGACGAGAGCAGCGAGAGCGACGACGACGACGACGACAGGACCAAAGAGGAGCGUCUGUACGAUCGAGCUAAAAGGCGCAUCGAGAAACGCCGAGCCGAAAACCUCAAGAACGUUGACAUAAACCGGCCGAGAGCGCCGGUCGUGUGCGUGCUCGGACACGUCGACACCGGGAAGACCAAGAUCCUUGAUAAGCUGCGACACACCCACGUUCAGGACGGCGAGGCGGGAGGGAUCACGCAGCAGAUCGGAGCCACCAACGUCCCGAGAGAGACCAUUGAAGAGCAGACGAAGAUGGUGAAAAAUUUUGACAGAGAAGGCAUGAAGAUUCCUGGCAUGUUGAUCAUCGACACACCGGGACACGAGUCGUUCAGUAACUUGAGGAACCGAGGCAGCUCCCUAUGCGACAUCGCCAUCCUGGUGGUGGACAUCAUGCACGGUUUGGAGCCUCAGACUAUCGAGUCCAUCAACCUGCUGAAGGAGAAGAAGUGUCCCUUCAUCGUGGCGCUGAAUAAGAUCGACCGUUUGUACGACUGGAAAAGGAGCCCCGAGACGGACGUCUCGGCCACGCUGAAGAAGCAGAAGAAAAACACCAAAGACGAGUUUGAUGAGAGGGCAAAGGCCAUCAUCGUGGAGUUCGCUCAGCAGGGUCUCAACGCCGCCCUUUUCUACGAGAACAAGGACCCCAGGACCUUCGUGUCGCUGGUUCCCACGUCGGCUCACAGCGGCGACGGGAUCGGAAAUCUCAUUGCGCUUUUGGUCCAGCUCACUCAGACCAUGUUGGCCCGCCGGGUCGCGAGCUGCGAUGAGCUCAGAGCUCAGGUCAUGGAGGUCAAAGCCUUGCCCGGCAUGGGCACCACCAUCGACGUGAUCCUGAUCAACGGGCGUCUUCGGGAAGGCGAGACCAUCAUCGUCCCCGGAGUGGACGGGCCAAUCAUCACGCAGAUCAGAGGGCUGCUCCUGCCGCCUCCUCUCAAGGAGCUGCGGGUCAAGAAUCAAUAUGAGAAGCACAAAGAGGUCUCCACUUCUCAAGGUGUGAAGAUUCUCGGGAAAGACCUGGAGAAGACGUUGGCGGGGCUCCCCCUGCUGGUGGCACACAAAGAGGACGAAAUACCUGUCCUCAGGGAUGAACUCAUCCACGAGCUCAAACAAACGCUGAGCUCCAUCAAGCUGGAGGAGAAAGGCGUGUACGUGCAGGCGUCCACUCUGGGGUCACUCGAGGCUCUUCUCGAGUUUCUGCGAACAUCUAAAGUUCCCUACGCCGGCAUCAACAUCGGUCCCGUCCACAAGAGGGACGUGAUGAAGGCCUCAACCAUGCUGGAGCACGACCCGCAGUACGCCGUGAUCCUUGCCUUCGACGUGAAGGUGGAGCGAGAGGGCCAGGAAAUGGCGGACGCGUUCGGCGUCCGCAUUUUCUCUGCCGAAAUCAUCUACCACCUUUUUGACGCCUUCACCAAGUACCGCGACGACUACAAGAAAUCCAAACAGGAAGAGUUCAAACACGUUGCGGUGUUCCCGGUGAAGAUACGCAUCCUUCCUCAGUUCAUCUUCAACUCCAGAGAUCCCAUCGUCAUGGGCGUCUCGGUGGAAGCCGGCGUCCUACGGCAAGGGACGCCGCUGUGCGUUCCCAGUAAAGCGUUUGUGGACAUCGGUGUGGUCACCAGCAUCGAGAUUAACCACAAGACGGUGGACAGCGCCAAGAAAGGUCAGGAGAUCUGCAUCAAGAUCGAACCCAUUCCCGGCGAGUCGCCUAAGAUGUACGGCCGCCAUUUUGAGGCCACCGACAUUCUUGUCAGCAAGAUCACGCGGGCGUCCAUCGACGCGCUGAAGAACUGGUUCCGGGACGACAUGCAGAAGUCGGACUGGCAGCUGAUCAUGGAACUGAAAAAGACCUUUGAAAUCAUAUGAGCAGUUGGCACGGAAUCAAACGUUUUUUUUACUCGCGAGAACACUCUUGGUCCGGUGUGCCCCCGAGUGAAAUAGUGCCACGCUGAAACAUUUCACUCUCAGUAUCCCAACGUGCCUGUUGUCUUUCUUGUUCUCUGCUCCGAUUCGUGGCUGCCGUUGCUUCCCGUCUCCACCUCCAAACAGAUGAACGUUGACGAGUUUAACCAGCCCGCUACUCUUUGGGUCUGCCGAGGUGCGUUCCGGGACCGUACGACACACAAGGCGAGCGAGCGGCAGCGGCAACAGUUGCCAGUUGCAAAGACAACUCUGUGUUGAUACUUUUUUUUUUUUUUUUGGGGUGCGCUUUCUCGGCCAUGUUGGUGACGAGGCUCGUGGACAAAGGACGACCCUCGAAAAUGUUUUACUGAAGUGCUGAUGUAAUAAAUUCCCAUGAAACUUGAA